AUGCUUUCCCAGCUUUCUUUCCUGGUGGGCUAUUGGUGCUUGGGGCUCGUCUCGGUGGUUGUCCAUGCAAGUCCGUUGGCUUCAGUCACCACGGCUUGGGGGACCCGUGCACUCUACGAUAAGGGCAUAACCGACAGAUUCGACGAGGGGUCGGACACCGUCUCGGUCCUGGUACAGAUACGGGACGUGCUGAACCCUUCCGCGUUCGCAAAGUCCUCCGGGCAAGUCGUCGACAGUACUGCCUUUUACGAAGGACUCGGGCGACAUUCAAAGGACUCUUCGCUUGGUGUUCAGGCCCUUCUUCGCGAUCUCUCUGCAGAGUUCACUUACAGUCAUCAUUUCCGCUUGUCCAACACAUACGUUAUCGAUGCUUCCAGGCGUUUGGUCGAGGCCCUUGUGCAACUACCCGAGGUUUAUUCUAUCAGGCGCAACGCGGCAUUUCGUGUCAAUGACAAGGAGCGAUCUACCGGCGCUGUUUCGAGUUUUUCGAACAAAGAUGGUGGAUCAGGCGUCUCUUGGAAUGCCAACGCGAUCGGAGCGGCCGAAUCAUGGGCGAAGGGUCUCAACGGAACGGGUCUCUUGUUCGCGUCUGCCGACAGCGGUGUCACUUGGGAGCAUCCCGCCCUCAAGAGCAACUACCUCGCUGUAGGCAGCAACGGCAUCGGGAUCGCCCCAGGCGCAUCCUGGAUGGCCUGCCGCAACAUGUACAACGGUGUCGGACGACCGGAAUACUACUUGGCGUGUUUGGAGUUCUUCCUUGCUCCGACAGACGUAAACGGAAAGAACCCCGAUCCCGCACGUCGCCCGCAUGUUAUCAACAACUCUUACGGUUGUACGAGCGCCGAGUUCUGCGAUCAGUUCACGUUCAAGGCGGCGGUGGGCGCCCUCACAGCUGCAGGAGUCUUGAUGGUCGCAAGCGCAGGCAACUCAGCAUUGUCGUCUGCUGACACUUGCAAGUCGGUGGUCAACCCACCCGCGAUUGACGCCCGCGUCAUUUCCGUCGGAUCGUUACGCCAGUCAGGCCUCAUCUACGAAACCAGCUCUCGCGGCUCCGUGCCCGGCCGAGGCCCGACCCACCGAGGCGUAGACAUCUCGGCGCCGGGGGUGAUGAUCCGAGGCGCGAUCCCACCGGCGGCGUAUGCGCAGCGCACCGGAACGAGCAUGGCGGCGUCGCACAUCGCUGCUUCUGCGUUGAUUGUCCUGCAGGCGUGUCCGCACCUCUUGCGUCGCACCGUCGAUGUCGGAGCGACGCUGCAACAGACCGCUUUUCCGCUGACGACCACGGACGGAUGCAACGGCGACAAAAAUGAUACCAUUCCCAAUAGCACCUACGGGUAUGGGAAAGUGAACGUCACCGCGGCUGUUUUGCGUUGCCAAGACUGA